AUGGACUCGUCACACCCGGAGACUAUCGCGGUCAGAGGUCCGGGCUGCCCGGCCGACAGGGCGGAGAAAAACAGCAGCUCGCUCUGCCACAGGUUGAACGGGCGGCAGUCCACGGUGGACACGACGUGGACCUCUUCGGCAGUGCCGGUCUGCUCCAGAGGCCGCGUGGGGAGCGGUGGCUCCGGGCGGCGAGCUUCAGCGGAGGGGGGUGGCGAGGAGGGUGCGGGGGUGGCGCGGAGGAGGGGGGGAGGCGUUCCCGACGACGGCCAGGACGCAGAGCCAGGCUCCUUGACGGGACGCUUCAGGUAG